GGCGAAGGAAGGUGGUGUAGCUUAGAGAAUGGCUGAGAUGGCGCCUCUUGCCGCCGCGGUUGUGGAACCAGCGGCCAAAGCUCCCGCCAAGAAAGCGGCGGCCGCUCCCAAAGCUCGCAAGCCCUCCGGCCCCAGCGUGACGGAGCUGCUGACCCAGGCGGUGUCCGCCUCCAAGGACCGCGGCGGGGUCUCUCUGGCGGCCCUCAAGAAGUCGCUGGCGGCUGCGGGCUACGAUGUGGAGAAAAACAACAGCCGCAUCAAGCUGGGGCUCAAGAGCCUGGUGACCAAGGGGACUCUGGUGCAGACCAAGGGCACGGGCGCCUCGGGCUCCUUCAAGCUGAACAAGAAGCAGGCGGAGACCAAAGACAAGGCGGCCAAGAAGAAGCCGGCUGCUGCUACCGCCGCCGCCAAGAGCAAGAAGCCCGCCGCCAAGAAAGUGAAGAAGGCGGUGGGAGCCAAGAAAGUGGCUAAGAAGCCAUCCUCUGCCGGAGUCAAGAAGGCGGCCAAGAGUCCCAAGAAGGCGAAGAUCACCAAGCCUAAGAAGACGACGAAGAGCCCUGCCAAGACUCUGAAGCCCAAGCCGAAAGCCAAGCCCAAGGCUUCCAAAGUGAAGCUCGCCCCUAAAAAGAAGUGAGGCUUCUCCGCGUGAAGCAGCUUCCUCUAACCCAACGGCUCUUUUAAGAGCCACCCAAGAGUUCCUCGAAAGAGCCGAGUUCACUUUCCUCGCCCCGUAUUGAAACCUGAACGUGGUGCUACUUGCGGAAAUAGGUUGGAAAGGGGGAAUCUCAACGUGGAAGCCAAGUCUCCACACUAUAGCAUCGCACCCCAGUAAGGCACAGGUAGACUUCUGAGAGUAAUGGGUUCGAAUCCCCCCUGCACAAUGCAUCAUUUCCACCCGUGGCUUAAUUAGCGUACCUAAUUAGAUGG